AUGCCUCCUCAGGGCUUGGCCCUCGUGGCCUUUGUGACCUGGGCCUUCCAGGGUCCAGGAGAGGCGGCAUCUGCCCGGCGCGUGCUGGCUUUGCCCCAGGCCCCAGGCCCCGCUUCCCCAGCUGCCCAGCCUCCCACCUACACCCGAGUGGCCUCCAACAGCCUCCUCCUUGAACUAUUAAAAAUGGCAACUGUCCUGGAGCUGACCCCAGGGGACCCUGUUGGCAGCCUGCAUCACCCAGUCAUCACCCAGAGUGAGCAGACUGCCAGCCUCGGGCCUACGGCGCUGCUCAGGAAAUCCGGGCCCUGCUGCUUUGCCCCGGGAGGCCCCGUGGCCUUCACACCAGCUGGUCUCUCCCUGGGCUUCUCGUCCUGGGCCGUGGAGAGCUGGGGCCCGGCUGGGGUCUGUCCUCGAAGGCAGCGGCCCCGGCAUUCACCCGGAGGACCAUCUGCGAAGGUGACUGGGGGUCCUUCCCACCAUGCCCCCAGCAUCUGCGCUGUGUGUCUGCCCCUUGCGGGCGUGUUUCCUGGUAGCCGAGGUGUCCGGGCACGGCUGAGGGACCAGCUCUGCGACUCGGCCUUCGCCUCUGGGGCUGUGCCGCUGGCGUCCCUGAGCAGGUCCCUGGGCGAAAGCCCUGCCGCGGGAGGGGUGGGAAGACAGCUGCUGGGCUUUCUCCCCCCCAGGGUUCUGUCCACCUUCUGCAGGAGCUCAGCUGAGUUAAAAAUAGCCCCGGGGCCUCUGGAAGCGGAAGGGGUAGAGGCGCCCGCAGGCCGGGGGAGGGAGGAGGACGGGAGGCACCCCCGGUCCAGCAGGCAGCGGGCGGUCCCCCGGGCCCACCCAGCACUCCAAGGCCAGCCAGCUCGGCUCCAGCAGGGCGGGCCCCACAUCCGCCUGCCCCACCUGCAAGUGUCAGGGACCCCGACCCCGCAGCUCCUCCGGCCGCUCUUGAGAAAGGCAGAGGGCCUGGGGCAGCCAGCCUGGCCAAGCCUCGGUCCCCAGAGGCUGCCCCUGAGGACUCAGGACAGCAAGCGGAUCAGACAAGGCCCUGCCCUCACGGAGCGCGGGGAAGAGGCCAAGGACACCAGAAAGCUCAGGCGUCGGGCCAAAGGAGGCCCGUCUCGGCAGGGUCCUCUCCGAGAACAAGAGCGGACCGCUCUCUUAGCGGGCUGGGGACCCCACCGGAGGUGCCAUGCUGCAGAGACGUCCCUCUGGGCCAGGACCGAGCCCCUGAUGUCCCUUCGUUUUCACGACCAGGACAGUUUUGAGAUGUGCCGGUCAGGAGUUCUGGAGAGAGUCCCUCAGUUUGGAUCCGUCUGGCCCCCAGACCCUCACUGCCUCGAGGUGAGGCAGGCUCCAGACAUGCUCACACACGUGGUUGCUGAGGAGCUUCCAGAAUGACCACCACACAGCGGGGACCAGGGCCGAGCACCGGCCAUCCACCUGCUUCUGUCUUGUCCACCGGUGAAGCGAGGGCAGGAACAAAGUCUGGGUCAUCGUGGCAUCUCAGGCACCUUAUUCCCUGGGCACCCCCAGACACCCAUCUGCUGGCUUUUCUACCUCUGGACCCUGGGUGCCACUGUUGAAGAGCGCCACUGAGGCCAGUUCCGCACCCUUGGCCCUUGCCUGUUUCCAGAGCCCCCUGUGGGGCAGAGCUGCCCUCAGAGAGGCCACCCUCCUACAGACAGUGAGGACCUGCUGGCUGCCAGGUGGCAGAUGUCUGUGCCAGCCUCAGGAGUGAGGUGCAGAGCGAGUCACCUGCACCAGGGGCCAGGGGAUCCAACAAGACUGGAGGUUGUCUGCCUGCUAUGAGUCUGAACCCGGACACUGAUGUAGGCGGGGCCCUCGGGGUCUGUGCUGCCGACACCCCCCCUCCAAGCAGAUGCACGAGGUGGUUCCAGGGGUCCACCUGCAUGAUCCUCCUGCCCCCCCCGGCUCUGCAGAGCUGCCGCAGCUGCCCUGAGCCCGUCUUCCUUCCUUGCUCUUUUAUGAUGGGGUCAUUAGUUCUCAGAACCGUCCCUGUCUGGAAGAAGGCAGGCUUUUUCUACAGUU